CGUCGGAGACAUACGAUGGUGAUUUGGUUUGAUUCCCAAGCGUGAAGAUUGCAGGACAGGUUGAAUGUCGUCUGAUACUAAAUAUUGCAGACAUUUGGAGGACUAUGUGAACUGAUGGUAUGUUGCUGCAUCUAGAGUGGGUUAUCUUCCCGUCUCCACCACGGGGCGCUGCAAGACCAUGCCGGUCAUUCUUCCUCUCCAUACCAAGGUGUCACUCGACCCAGAUGCGCAGAAGCUUCUUGCGGCUCUCCCGAGCCUGGAGGCGCGACUGCCCAGCAAGGGGUACGAGAUUGCCUACCUCCGCCGCUUCCUCCGCUCCAAGGAUCUCCGCUACUUGAUGCAUGUGUUCCGUCGUUUGAGGAGUGUUAGACGUCUUCGUCCAGUAGCCGAUUUUUCUGUUGCGCAAGCAGCCGAGGUGUUUUGCACGAUCCGGUUCCGAUCGGAAGACAGCCAUGUCCAAGAACUCCUUUAUAUUUUAUCACGACCUCAUCUUCAGGCUUUACUCUACACCCACGAUAAGGUGGCGUCCAGUGAUUAUGAACCUAGACUGGAUCCCAGUCCUGUUGACCGUGAUGAAGACCAGGCAGCAGUUAAAAUAAUCCGACUCAUCAAAACCAACGAACCUCUCGGAGUCACCAUCCAGCUGUGUGAGGACUCCGACAGCCUUGAGAUCGCUCGUGUCUUGCACGGUGGAGCCGCAGAUCGAAGUGGUCUAAUUAGAGUUGGUGAUGAGCUACAGGAAGUAAAUGGGGUUUGUGUCAAAGGUCAAAACCCUGAUGAUGUCAUCGAAAUGUUGACAAGAAUCACAGGAGCUGUUACCCUCAAACUAGUUCCCAGUCACUUCAGAAAUGGUCCCGAGCACAGGCCCAGUCAGAUGAGAGUAAGAACCCUUUUCACGUACGACCCCGAAUCUGACCCCAAUAACCCGUGUCCAGAUGCCAGUCUUGCCUUUACUCGCGGUGAAAUACUCCAUAUUGUAAACCAGGACGACGCCACCUGGUGGCAGGCCAGAAAAGAAGGGGAGAUAAUCAGCAGAGCUGGCCUCAUUCCAAGUAAACAGUUGCAAGAAAGUUAUAUUAUGAAGAUUAAACGAGAUGAGCAAGAAACUCUGGAAAAGAGUGGCAUGAGAUCAUUGAGCCCAUGUCGAUAUAGCCCAAAAAUUCCUCGUCAGAAAAAACUACGUAAAACAAUGUACCACACUGUUCAGAACUUAGAUUAUGACACUGAGGAAAUACCUACGUACGAAGAAGUGGAACUCCACCACAUGAAGCCCAGGACAUUUAGACCGAUUGUAUUAAUUGGGCCCUCUGGUGUUGGGUGUAAUGAGCUGAAGAGAAGACUCAAGGCCAGUAACCCAUGUCACUUUCACGAAGUUGUACCAUACACGAGUCGUCCUAAGAAACCAUUUGAGGAGGAUGGGCAGGAAUACCACUUCCUGUCAAGAGAAGAUAUGGAGAAAGACAUUUUAGCUCAAAGUUUUGCAGAAUAUGGCGAGUACAAGGGGAACCUGUACGGUACAAGUCUCGACUCCAUUCGCGCUGUGAUAGCAGCAGGCCAGGUGUGCCUUCUCACACCACACACUCAGGCACUGAAGUUCCUGCGAACUGCUGACAUUAAGCCUUAUAUCAUAUUCAUCAAACCACCAAGCCUUGAGAACCUGCGUCUGACACGACUGGUCCACCGUGCCCGGACAACCGUGGAGGAAGACGUGACGCGACCAUUCACUGAAGAAGAGCUUCAACAGAUUCUGGAAACGGGUACCAGGAUAGAAGAGCGGUACGGCCAUCUGUUUGACAAUGUGAUUGUUAACGAGACUAUCGAAGAUGCAACGGCCGAUCUCGUACAGAUAGCCGAGCAGAUUGAGAAAGAUCUACAGUGGAUUCCCAUUGGCUGGAACCAAUAACACACUGAUUUUCAUUGGCUGGAGCCAGUAGCAGACUGAUUCUCAUUGGCUAGAGCAAGUAGCAGACUGAUUCUCAUUGGCUGGAGCCAGUAGCACACUGAUUCUCAUUGGCUGUAGCUAUAUUGCCAUUGGCUGAAGUCCUAAUCACAAAAAAGUCUAUUGGAUGAAGUCCUAAACAUGUUGAAUUUCCAUUGGCUAAAGUUUCAAACACAGGUUGAAGUUAGAAACAGACUGGAUUUCCAUUGGUUGAAGUUUUAAACACAGUGGAUUCCCAUUGGCUGAAGUCCUAAACACAAAAUUUCCAUUGGCUGAAGUUUCAAACACAGUGAAUUCCCAUUAGCUGAAAUUAACAACAUAGAGGAUUCCAAUUGGUUGGAGUUGGUCAUGUGAUCUUUUUUUCA